CGCCUGUUAAUUUCAUUAACACCAAAGCAGCUGUAACUGAGAGAAGAGCUGGCAAAGAGAAAAGGUGCCCUGUGCCACCCCGACUUAUAAUUCUUGGAAACGCCCCUGCCUUCAUGUCAUGUAGCGGUCAAGAGUUGUGCUAUCUGGGGAAGCAGAUGAGUGUGCACAUGCGUGCGUGUUCGUGCAAGUGAGAACAGAAGGCGUAGCUACUUCAAAGAGGGGGUCGAAGUGGGGCACAAGGAGAGGAGCGAGGAGGGUCCAGAGGCAACGAGGAGAGGAAGUGUUGUAGGUCCCUGACAUGAAUGGACCAUGUUCGCUAAAGGAAUCCUAACUCUCCCGGUUUGCUCCUUUCUCCUGUUUCACCUCCCGGUUUUCCCGCUAACGGACAGCUGGCCCGUUAAGGACAGAAGUGAAGUAAGCGUGGGGCAGCAUAACAGCCAUCUACGGUCACAUGGAAGUCAAAAUGGGAAACAGACAGACAAAAAGGAGGAGGUGUUUCAGUGGUGGGGGGAGUGGUCUACGUGGUCCUCCUGUUCCAGGAGCUGUGGAGGAGGAGUGAGGAGCCAGGAGAGACACUGUCUCAUGCAGAGGCUGUCCUCCACCCAAAAUGUUAACAGCUCCUGUUGUGUUGGUUCCCCUAAGAAGUACCAGCUCUGUUCAAAGCAGCCGUGUCCCAGCACCAGCGUUAGCUUCAAACAGCACCAGUGUUCCCAGUUCAACUCUAAAGCCUUUGGAAGGAGAUACUAUCAGUGGAUACCUCUGUACCCAGCCGAUUACAUCAGCAUCUCCAACAGACCAUGUGACCUGCAGUGUACCACCAUCAGUGGCGAGCGACAGCUGCUGGUUCCUGCCCACGAUGGCACCUCCUGUCGGGAUACUAAAAACCAUGGAGUGUGUAUCGAGGGGAUGUGUCAGCCUGUGGGGUGUGAUGGGGAGCUGUACAGCAGUAAGACUGUAGACAGAUGUGGUGUGUGCGGAGGAAACGGGACAUCAUGCCAGCGGAUCUCUGGAUCCUACAGGAAGGCACUCACACAGUUAGGUUAUGUGUUUAUCACCAACAUCCCAGCUGGAGCUUCAGACAUUCAGAUCAUAGAGAGACACAAGACGGAGAACAUCCUGGCUUUGUCAGAUGAAGCAGGAUAUUUCUUCUUCAAUGGGAACACGGUGUUUGACAAUCCUCAGAAUUUCCACGUGGCAGGAACAGUGUUCAAGUACCGACGUCCAAGCAUCGUGUUGUCUGAUGGGUUGGAGUACAUCAUUGCCCAGGGACCCACUCUGCAGGGUCUUAAUGUUAUGUACUACAACUUGAAUGGGAAACUCCCCCACAUCACCUACGAGUAUACCAUCCCACUCAAAUCUCGAGCCACCGCCGCUUCACACCACUCCAAUCUUAACUUCACCUAUAAUGACGUAAACGUGGAUGUCAGAGGGGAUCGGAGUAUCUCAAUGAACCACAGCAGAGGGUCAGCAUCUGUCCAUCACGAUGUUCAUGACCACCCAGAUGUCCAGCUGCAGGAAGAAGAAGAGGAGGAGGAGGAAGUGGUAUGGGAGAUCCAGACCGCCAGCCCACCACCAGCACCAGUGGACAUUAUGGUCUACAGACCAGCUGAUGUCAUCACUCGUGUGUUUAGUCACAAUGAUGUGGAGGAACAGGGACCUCCAGCACCAUCUGGCUACAGUGAUCAGAGGGUUCAUCCUGCAGCAGAAGAUGCUCCGUACCUGCUGCUGGAGGAAACGCAGUCAAACACACACUCAGCCACACACACACCAACUGAGCAGCGGUCAGUUGCUGCUGCAGACACAGACACAAGCUCACAAAUGCACAGGGACAUUGUCACAGUCAUGGACUCUGUGGCCUCGGAAACAGUCAGUGGUCCUCACACCGCCAUCCUGGUAGAGCUGCAGCCGGUGUCAGAGGUCCAGGCAGCCAACACGGAGAGCAACAACUUUGAUGUGGAGCCACAUAUUAGUCUGGGAGACAUGUAUAGCUGGAAGGUGUCUGCUUAUGCUCCAUGCAGUUCCACCUGUACAACAGUGUUGCCGCAUAAUCGUGUCAGUCACAGCUCCACUCAGGAUGGUAUCACCAGCACAUAUGCCCUGUGCGUCCGGUAUGAUGGCACUGAAGUUGACGACCGUUAUUGUGACUCUCUGACCCGACCGGAGCCCACACAAGAGUUCUGCAUUGGAAAGCAAUGUCCUCCACGAUGGGAGACGAGUGGUUGGAGCGCAUGCUCUCGGACGUGUGGUGAGGGCGUGCAGUAUCGUAUCGUGCGUUGCUGGAAGAUGCUGUCUCCUGGGUUCGACUCCUCUGUCUACGAUUCACUCUGUGUGUCACAUGAUCUCCACAAACCAGCUAAUAGGAAGGUGUGCCACGGACAAAGCUGCGGACCCCAGUGGGAGGUGUCAGAGUGGUCAGAGUGCUCGGCACACUGUGGCUCUUGGGGCAUCCGCACUCGAGAGGUUCGUUGCUCUAUGGAAAGGAGACAGUGUAACGAGUCCUCUCGGCCAAUAGAGAGCCAGGAAUGUGAAGGCCAACCUUGUGACAGACGAUGGAGCGUUUCUGAUUGGGGACCUUGCUCAGGUGAGUGCGGGGAGGGCAGGAUGGUGCGUUCUGUGACCUGCCGUUCGUCAGGCGGACUUGUGAUGUCAGACGGGCAGUGUGACCAGCCGUUACGCCCGUUGGCCAUCUAUCCCUGCGGUGACAGAGACUGUGCUCCACACUGGGUUGAGCAGGAGUGGCAACAGUGUAACGCUACCUGUGGCCGCGGCGUGCGGCAGCGUCAGGUGGUGUGUGCUGGCCUGGAAGGAGGAGUGUUCAAAGAGUUUCCAGACAGCAGCUGUAACCAAACCAACAAACCGCAGAUGAGCUCAUCCUGCUUCCGGAGACCCUGCUCCAAGUGGUUCACCACAUCCUGGUCUCAGUGCAGCAAGACCUGUGGGCGUGGCGUCCAGGUUCGAGAGGUCAAGUGUUAUCAGGGGGAGGAGCUGGUAACGAGGGGUCACAGCUGCGACUCUGCCCUCAAGCCGGAAGUCAAGCAGAGCUGUGAAAUCCAGAGCUGCCCAACAGAAGCACCAGAUUUGUUAUGUGUGUGUUUAUCCUGGCAGCAUCACAAGGAGCAGACUUCUGCCAGGACAAAGCAACAGCCAACUGUGCCCUGGUUCUAAAGGUGAAGCUGUGCUCCCACUGGUACUACAGGAAAGCCUGCUGCCAGUCCUGUAAGGCACCCAGAGCCUGAAGCCUUCGCUGUAACCUCUCACCUCAGCAUCAGCCACUGGUACCAAAGGUCACGUUUUUAUUGGUGCUACACAAAGCUCGCUGCUAGCAAUGAAAGACCGCAGUACAUCAACAUAACCUGAUUACUUUUAUCCAAUCAUUGAUGUCAAAGGUCAACUUAUGGUCACUGUAUGAUUCUCUACUUGUCAGUAUUCUUCUGUCCUUAUCAUUGUAGGAAGUAUACCAGUACGAGGUCUUCUCCCAGCAUCCUUUCUGAAUUAUAUUACUGUUUGUGUACUAGUUUAGUCACAACCUCCACCUCAGACAAUGUGAAGAUAGACUAGCUUUAGGGGGCGGAGCUGGGUGAUAGGAGGAGGAAACAGUUCUUUCUGUGUUCAUCGCUCCAGAUAACAAAUGUGUCGACCUCAUUUCUACGGUGCUAAAGAAGCUGUAUAUAAACACAUCAGCGCCUAAAGCGAUGGUUGUUACUGUGACAACAGACUGAGACAGGCGGGGAAACUCGGCGCUGUCUUUAAUAUACACAAACCGGGAGUUUGGGCAGGUUGUUCUCCUGCUGCCACCAUGGAACGCAGCUCCUCGUCCUCCCCGCUACGCCCAGCACGGCUACCAUAAUGUUGUCACCUGUCGUAUUCAUACCGCUUAAUUCUGUCUUCAAAUCAAACUGCACAAUAUUAUGAAAACAAAAUAAUAUGAAAACAAUAUUUUCAGCCCUUUUGACUUCAAAUGGAAACACGUCCGAUAUUCAAAGUGAACCUGAACACAGCACAGAAAAACCAGCUCAUUGUGUUUCCGUUUAAUGAAAGAAUCCAAAGUAUUAACUCAGUUUAUCUAUACAGCAUCAAAUCAUGACAGUCGUCUCAAAGUGCUUCACGUUGUAUGUAACGUUGUAACGUGCCUUUUAGUGCUGUGAGGCACAUGGGAUUAAUGUGCCUUUGGAGCCAUUGUCAGGCAGCGUUUUCACUGCAGCAUCUCUAAAGAUUAUUUCCCAGCUGGUGUUGAUGACUUGCAGUGCACAAAGUGAUUGUUUAGUUUGCACACGGGGUCGUCCUCUGUAAAUAAGCCGGCUCUGGGAAAGCUGGUACAAGUUUACUGGUGAGGAGUCAAGAAACAGUUGUGACUCCUGGAAAGUGACGUAGUAAAUGUAACGUCUGUAGGCUUUUCAGCCUGCAACAGCUGAAGGACAACACGUCAGCCGUGCAAACAGAGGAGCAGGAACACGCUGCUGCCACCAGACUGGCUGCCAGUGAAAACUGCCCGGGCCAAACUCUCGUCCACGUAGUUCACUGUUUGUUUACCUGAUGUUACACUGCCCACAGAGCUGCUGCUGCUCUGACUGUUUGUACUGUAUCCCACUGAAAGAAUUAAAGGUGAGUGUUUUUGUGUUUGUG